AUGGCCGCAACCCCUUUUGCACACAAUUUUCUCAGCCCCAUGUCAGCACAAGAAGCAGCCUUUGCUCGCGGCCUCUUCCAGAUGCCCCCAGUUCGGCUCACCAACCAGUAUUUUCUGGUGAGGGCAUGGGAGUUUGAGUAUGAGAGCAUAGGAGUAAUCAACAAGAACCCGGUUGCAAAAACUUCUGUGGAUAACGGGUUGUCGGAGAAGGGGAAGAAGCAGGCAGUGAGGUCGGCUUUCGAUUUGAAUGAAAUGGGGGCCUGUGACAAGAACUGUUGGAUAUGGCCUUCUAUCACUCAGAGAGCUUACCCGGCGGCAGAGAUCAUCGCUAAUGGGUUCAGUCGAAGUUAUAUCGUCCCAGAGUAUAGCUUUCUCGACGCCCGUGGAUUGGGAGCUCAUGAAGGAAAGAACCUGGAAGCUGUUUCAGAAGUAAACAUUUCCAAUUUACAACCAUAUCUUUAA